AUGGAUUACAAUGGAGAUUUCCAAGCUGGUUAUCAGGAAAUCGACGGCAUCAAUUUGGGUUACCUGCAGAUUAACGGCACGAGGAUGUUUGCUCUGACCCAGGUCUUCAGCGACCUUUUAAAGGACAUCCCUCGGGCCGCCGUGAGCAAAAAAAUGGAAAGCCUCAAGAUCCAGAGUCGCCGGUGCGACUUGAAGGAGCUGCGCACUCUCAAAGCCAUCCAGUCGGUGCCAAUGCGCGCCGUCAAGUGUUCCCUCAUCUCCAAGACCGAUCUGGAGGCCCUCUGCACCUCCUGCAAGGCCUUAACCCCCAGGAGGAGAAAGAGGAAGAGGAAAGUCAAGAGGAGGGAAGCCGAGGACUUGUUCGAUCGGCCCCGGUUACUCCCGGCGUACGGAGGAUCCGACCACGGCGCCUUUCGUGCCAGCUUGGGUGCCGGCUGCGCCAAGCGCGAAGCGCUCCUCGAGGCUCCGUUCGCUAGGAGCUACGAGAAAGCGGCGCCGCCUGCCAAAAGCUACAGCCGGAACGGUAGAGGGCACCUCCUGGCCGGCGUCCUCAGCGCUUACCCCGGGGACUUGCAAUUCCUGCACUCGGCGGUCAGGGCGCGCGGAACCAGUCAACCGCCUGGCGAUCCGGAGGUCGGGCGCCCUAAGCGCUCCACUUGCGGGUGCCUGGCCAAGAAGGGUCGCUCAGCCUCUACGGCCGGCUCCAAAAGGCAAGGCACGUCGGCUGGCUAUUCCAGCGAUUCGGAUUCCAGCGGGGCGUCAAGCCCGGCAAGUUCCAGCGAUUCUUCGGAAGAUGAGGACGACGACGACGAGGAGGAGGAGGACGAAUCUUCCUGCAGCAGCGAAGACGGCAGCUCCUCCGGUUCAGAAAGUAGUUCCCUAUGCAGUGGCGACUCGGUGCAAAGCACGCGGUACAGACAGGCCGCCCUUCCCCGUAUCCCCCCCCAAACUGCAUCUUCCCAAGCCCUCCCCGGCGUGGCCAAAGCAUUGCGCCCCGACCCGAACCUGCUCUUUUGGGCCAGGACGUUGCGCGCCUCCACUUUGGAAAGUUUCAAGCCGGUUCCUACCCGUACGCCCAAGGAGCCUCCGCCGGAGAGACCGGAGACUCGGAUAAAGCCCGAGGCGAGGCAUGCUCCCGUUUCCCCAGCCCGUCCGAGCAGCCCUAGCGAAGGACCGCAGCCAAAGAACGGAGGCGUCGGGGACGCGUCGGAGUCGGGUCUCCGGGAAGGCGAAGAGGCCGACUUCCUGAGCCCUACGGACGGUCUCCGGGCCGGUGAGCAGGACAAGACUGGGGAAGCCGCGCUCCAGCAAACCUCCGAGGAAGGGUCGAGCAGAGGGGCCCAUUUCGACAGGCUUAUCAGGCAGUCGAAACUGUGGUGCUACGCCAAAGGGUUCAACGUGGAUGGGAAAAGCUUGCGCAGAGCCGACCAGGCCAAAGGGUGUUCCCCCACUUCCAAAGCCGGCCUCCUCAGCCUGGGCAACAGACCGCUGAAGGGGGGCAGCGAUUCGGAAAGGAGCGCCAAGCGAAGUCGAGUCGAACAGGCCAAGGGGAGGCCCCCCAAGAUUCCAAGGAAGAAGACCCCAAAGGGGAGCACCCUGCCUUGUAAACGCUUGCUCAACACCAGUCCUGCGCCUGAAAGGAAUCCAUUUACUUUGAUGGGCACUUUUCCAUGUACGCCCGCCUUAGUCGUGGGUUCGGACGGGGAUCUGUGUCCUGCGUCCUCCCUGUGCGUCAAAGACUCGUGCGCCCUCUCCAAAAUGCACCCACUUUGGACCUGGCAGCUGGGGGGCAAUGCCAUCCCCGUGCCCCCCAGCCUGAAAUUCCGGGGAUACGGUUUAGAAGACUUCUAG